UCAGGAGCAGGAAGUGCUGCUUGGCUUGGCUUUGUGCUGAGAGUCGAGUGAGACUGGGUGGCUGUGGGAGUGGAGCUGGAGUCAACACACACACACACACACACACACAGAGCUCGGAGUGUGCAGCGUCUCCUCCUCCUCCUCAUGUCCACACUGCUGUUAGUCUCGAGCUGCUCUGCUGUGCGAUGGAUGGUGAUAAUCUGAAGAGCCUGCCGCUUCUGCGUUCCUCUGUGGUUAUACUACCAUGAGCAAUUCCACUCCAUCCACAGCUAAUGGCAACGAGAGCACAAAGUAUAAAGGAGACCGACCGCCCUGUGGCCCCUCUCGUGUCCUUCACGUCCGUAAAGUUCCCAUCGAGGUUUCCGAGGCCGAGGUCAUCUCAUUAGGAAUCCCGUUUGGCAAAGUCACCAACCUGUUGAUGCUCAAAAGCAAAAACCAGGCUUUUAUAGAAAUGGCUUCUGAGGAAGCAGCGAUCACUAUGGUGAACUACUACACCACGGCCACGCCGCACGUCCGCAACCAGCCCGUCUACAUCCAGUACUCCAACCACCGCGAGCUGAAGACAGACAACCUGCCCAACCAAGGGAGAACCCAGGCCACCCUGCAGGCCGUUAACGCCAUGCAUUCUGGGAACAUGACGCACUCGGCGUCGGCCAGCGACAGCAGCAUGAUGCCCGGGCAGAGUCCGGUCCUGCGCAUCAUUGUGGAAAAUCUCUUCUACCCGGUUUCUCUGGAAGUGCUUCACCAGAUCUUCUCUAAGUUUGGAACUGUCCUGAAGAUCAUCACGUUCACCAAGAAUAACCAGUUCCAGGCUUUGCUACAAUACUCAGAUCCCAUAAACGCGCACCACGCCAAACUGACUUUAGAUGGACAGAACAUUUAUAACGCCUGCUGCACGCUGCGUAUCGAGUUCUCCAAACUCACCAGCCUCAACGUCAAAUACAACAACGACAAGAGCCGCGACUUCACACGACUCGACCUGCCUUCAGGAGACGGACAGCCCACACUGGAGCCCACCAUGGCCGCGUUCGGUGCUCCAGGGAUCAUCUCUUCACCAUACGCUGGAGCGGCUGGUUUCGCUCCUGUUGGUUUCCCUCAGGCUGCAGGUCUCUCCAUGCAGGCGAUGCCCGGUGCUCUCGGACCCCUCACCAUCCCCCCCUCAGCGGUAGCCGGGCGGAUGGCCAUCCAUGGCAUGCCCCCCACAGCCCUCCAUUCUGUUCUCCUCGUCUCCAACCUCAACCCUGAUAGUAUAUCACCACACGGGCUCUUCAUCUUAUUCGGAGUGUAUGGAGAUGUUCACAGAGUUAAGAUUCUGUUCAAUAAGAAAGAGAACGCGCUGGUGCAGAUGGCGGAUCCGACCCAGGCCCAGCUCGCGAUGAGUCACCUGAACGGGCAGCGUCUGUACGGCAGGGUGAUGCGCGUCACCAUCUCUAAACACCAGACGGUGCAGCUUCCCCGCGAGGGUCAGGAGGAUCAGGGCCUGACCAAAGACUUCAGCAGCAGCCCGCUGCACCGCUUCAAGAAGCCCGGCUCCAAAAACUUCCAGAACAUAUUCCCUCCAUCAGCUACGCUGCACCUUUCUAACAUCCCGCCGUCUAUCGGAGACGACAUGCUGAAGGACCUGUUCUCCGGUUCAGGAUACAACGUGAAAGCUUUCAAAUUUUUCCAGAAGGACCGUAAGAUGGCGCUGAUCCAGCUGGGCUCGGUGGAGGAAGCCAUCCAGUCCCUGAUCGACCUCCACAACUACGACCUGGGGGAGAACCACCACCUCAGAGUGUCCUUCUCCAAAUCCACCAUCUAGCAGCCGUUCCCCUUUAACCCCCUCAGCGCCGCCGCCGCUGCUGUUCUGUUCACGGGUUUAAAUUUAAGAGACGAAGUCUGACUGACAAACUUCUGUAACUAAAGACGUGAUUUAAAAACACUUUGAUACUGAAAAAUAGACAAAAAAAAUAAAUAAACGACAGAGACUUUGGGUAGUUUUAGAGAUUUUAGGGGUUUUAAAGUUAAACAGAGUUAGAGACUACUAUAUGACCUUCACACAGCCGUAGCUGAAGGUUUUUUGUGUUUUUUUUUUUUUGUUUGUUUUUGGUAAGCUGGAGACGUGUGAGCUUCGAUUCGAUAGCACCGAAGCUCCAUUUUUAUUCGUUUUAUCUUACAGCCAUUGCAGCACAACCGUCUCUGGAUGGUUUGAGCAGAACUGCAGCAGAAACUUCAUGAGAAGGAUCUCUAUUUGACUUUGCUGGAGAACUUUGGAGAUGUUGCCGAACAUGAACGUGGACGUGAACAUGGAUGUCGAUGUGCCUGUAGUGCUAUAUAACUGUUAACGUUUCACCCAGGUGCUCCAUCCAGCCCUCAGAACUGGAACCUCACUGGAUAGGCCACGCCCUCUUUCAAUGUCCGUGAUGUCAUCACUAUGUGCCGCCGGGUAAAAACCCUGUAGCGACGUUCCCUCACCAUCGAGAGCCAUCUUUCACGUAGCAGUACAGUGUCUGUGUAAUGGAUGAGGAACAGUUCGGAGAGUUUCGUCAGUCCUGCUCGGGAUCUGUGAAUAUAUCAUGAAAGAUUCUGAGAUCUCCUGCGGGAUGGGGUUCAUUUGAAUUGUUUUUAAAAACGAUGAAACGUCACAAGGCGAGACUGUUGUGAAACCUGCGGACGUUUUUAUAAGACACGAACAUGCAUGAUCAUUCCAGGAAAGAACGUCCGGCUGUCCAUCAAGCUGGAACACUCCAAUCAGCAGAGCCCGGCUGUCAGGAAGCCCCGCCUCCUGUCAUUUAAACGUCAUUUUGAAUGUGAAUCAUGUAGCCCCUACCAAUGAACGAUGCUUUCUGGUUGCUGAUUGUCCCUCUUGUAAUCAAAUGCUUUUUUCCUUUUAACUCUCAUUAAUGAUUAUUUGAGUUUUUUCCUUUUCAGGUUGCGUCCUCCGAAUCAGAACAAGUCAAACUGAUCUGAUUCCAUGGAGGGUUUUUUUUCCCCGUCUCUCUCUUUCUCUCUUUCAGCCUUGCUGUCCCUCCUCCACAUGUCCAAAAUUAAAAUAAGCAAAAAAAGAGAGAGAGAGAGAGAGAGAGAGAGAGCUGUCCUUACUGAAACACUCCAGUUCUAAUUCCGUGUACAUCGUGUGGUGAAACGUGUUGGUGAAGUAAAUUAGGCCGUGGUUUCAGUCGAGUGGAAGAAGAAGUGAAAGAUUAAAACUUUCAGUGUGUAAAUAAAAAAAAUGAUAAAACAAACGUACAGGAAAAAGAGCUUCACCCUGGUCCUGGAGGGCCGAGUGUUAAAACAGGGUUGCCAGAUCUACAGAAUGUUUUUUAAACACUCUUUAAACUAAUUGGUCACUAAGUGUGAACGCUCCACAGAUUAAAUAGCAUUUAAAAAAACUAUAGUGACAUUUCUCUAUUAAACAGAGCGUUCUGCUCAUGGAACAUUAGUGGAAUUAAUCCAGGAGAAAUCCAAGGAGAAAACUUUUUCACAAACUUUACGCACAUGAAGUAUAAAUGAUUUUUUUUUUAAAUACACAGAUAUAUUUAAAUACAUUAAAUUGCCAGUGGUUGGCACAUUGUUGCCGUGUAGGAGGACUAAAACACGUUUGUCCCAGCGUUUCCCGUGAGACAUCAAAGCUCCGUGUAUUUCACCAUACAGAUCUGGCAACCCUUGUUCUCACUUCACUUGUAUCCACAUUUACACAGGAAUGCGGAUCAGGAGUGUUUGAUUGGAUAAAGAUCGGACUGCUGGUCCUCUUGAGGAUCAGAAUCAUCCGCAACUUUAAAAUCCCCACGAUGGGCCUCAAGAUGGCGCUGCUCCUUUUCCUGAACAAAUACCUGCCUUGUUAUUUUUCAGGCUGUGUUGUUCCACAAAAUUCAUUUAUAUAUAAAAAAUUCAACAAUAAUUUGGCAUAGAAACUAAAUGAAAUGCAGGACAAGGGACAGUGUCUUUUUUUUAAUUUUUUAAUUUAAUUAAAUUUCAUUUUAUUUAACCUGAAGCGAUAGAUUCCACCCUUCGCUGACACUUCUCUAAAGAAAAACAUUUUUCUUUGAAGUUUACAGUCUUACAUAACGCAGAACUAUUCAGGUCUAUUUAUCUUUAACGAUUGUCAAGAUUUUUUGGAGAAAAAAAAGAAGUUACUUAUUUUUGGUAAUUUGUUCUUUUUUAUGGAGAGAAACAAAACAAAACAUUGAAAGAAAAAAAAAACACUCACCAGGUUUUUGUACCACUAUAAUCAUUCAUGACAUCAUGGUGAAAAGAAAAAAAAAAUCAUCAUAUUUACUGUGUAUUUACUUCAUUUUCUUAUGUGCCUUAAAAUGUGUUUAUAAUCAAGAUAGGUCUUAUAAAUAUUACCUAAGAUAUCUUAAGUACUAUUUUGUGCGGUUGGUGAGAGGGUUGAUUUGUUGAUUUCUAUUCGGUAAGCUUUUUGUUUUCCUCUAGUUUUGUUUUUAGAUGUGUAUUUUUGUGGGCACUCAGUAUUGUGUGGUCUUUUUAUCCAAAUCAUAAAUGAACGUUUGGUGCUUUAAAGGCACACUGGAGAAACAAAAACAAACAGUUUGGUGUAAAAAUGCUUGGUGUUAUGCUGUGGGUCUCCCCUGUCGUGUGUGUGUGUGUGUGUGAGAAUCUCAGCUCGUUUUCUCUGCAUGAUGAAAUGCUGUGAAAUGAAGAUCACGACUCUGUGAUGGUUCCCGUGUGAGGAUGUUCUCAUCUGGCUGUAAAUCUGUUGCUCUAAAAGAUUUCCCAAAAGUCUCUCUAUUUUUAGUCAAACAUUAAACCUUCAAAACCGUUGCGUUUAACAGCUAAGUGCAAAAGUUUCGCUGCUUUUUGAUUACUAUUAAUAUCUUACUCUUAACCUAACCUACAUAUUUUGACCUCAUAAGGAAGGAAUGUUUAUGAAAUAUUAAAACGUUUAAUUUUAUUUCCAGCAGAGUUUUUCUCAGGAACGAAAACUUACAGAAAAAAAUGUGAAAUGUAUUAAUAGUUUCUUAUUAAUUAAUCUAAUACUGGUUUUCGAUGAUAUAUUUGAGACUUUCGACUCCACCCUGCGUAAUUCCAUCCGUGAUCUUGAUUUUCUCACCAAAAUCUUCCUGAGUGUUUUCCUCAAAUCCGAAUUCACCAAAAUGAUGAAUUAUAAAGGUGCACAAACUUUUGCAUUCAACUGUAUUUUGGCCCAAUAAAGAACUCUUAACAGCUCCAGGCUCUUGAUUACAAAAUUACAGAAUGUGAAGUUCAUUUUCUGUGAUGUUGCAUUUAAAGAGGUGAUAUUUCGGGGCUUUAGGAAACUUAAGGCGUCAUUUAUUGUUUAAAAUCUCAUCAAUGUAAAGUGUGUGUGUGUGUGUGUGUGGAAUCCAAUUCAUGUUUACAGUGAAUUUCUGAUGUUUCUGAGCAGAAUGAUCUGAGAUUUGUGUGUGUGUGUGUGUGUUGUACUUAUCUUAUUUACUGUAUCUUAUAAUCAGAUUAAUUUAGGGGGUGUGGCCUGUUUUUUGCUCUGUAGUGAUUUUUUUUUUCUUUAUACAUUAUUUUCCUCUUAUUUGUAAGGAUGUGAAACUGGAUCAAGAUGGCUAGGCAGUUGUGUGUGUGUGUGUGUGUGUGUGUGUGUGUGUGUGUGUGUGUGUGUGUGUGUGUGUGUGUGUGUGUAGAGAGAGAGUGAAUGAGAAGGAAGGAGCCGGUUGGUGGUGUGUGAACAGUGUGACGCUGUAUGCUGUAAUCUAUAAAAGCUUUUCAUUUAUAAACAGGAGAAAAAGCCAGACUUGUGAUUUUAUAACGUGGCACUAAACGCAGUUCACUCUGAUUACAUUUUCUCUUCAUCACACUCACGUCUUUUAUUUUCAUUUAAAAUAAUCUUUUUUGUCCUGUUUCGACUCAGGCAACAUCGUCCCUCCAUCACAUUAUUCUGUUCAAAUCCGCCUUCAGUUUUAAAGUUUUUAUUUUUAUUUUUAUUUUUUUAAGUGGUUUACAUUGAAACUAAACACAGAAAUAACACAGGACCAAAGUUUAUGUGCCUUUCAUCCAUCUAUCGAGCUUAUUUGUAACAUUUCCUUCCGGGAUGUUUAUCAGAAAUCAGAACAGAUGUUUUUAUGUAAAUGCUUUUCUUUCUUUUUUUUCAUUAUUUCUUGCAUUCCACUGAAGUGUCUUUGGGUUUUUAUUUGUUUUCAAAUCUAUUUCCCCUCGAACACAAGGUAAAGCCAUAAAACACAUCAGAAUCUCAUAAUAUCAAUUAAUUUCCCCUGUUAAUGAGAUCCUGCACCGAUGCUGAAUGUUUCGUUCGUCAUUCCAUUAAAUCUACAUAAAUCCUUUUUUUUUUUAAAUAAAAGUCUCGUUUAAUACAGUCCAGAUUUACCCAAAAGAAAAAGAACCAUAAAUUAUCCAAUUCUCAUGUCACCUUUACACAAAUUUACUCACGAAAGCUUUAUUAUUACCAAAGGAAUUUGACUCAAAUUAGACUGAUUUAGACGUUAAGCUCUGAAACGCCAUAAGCAAGAAAAAUGCCAUUUUAUAAAGAAUUCAGUUACGGGUGUUUGGGCUGGUUUUUGUGCUCUUACUCCAAAACCUCAGUAGGUUUUUGUGGGUGAAAUAUUUAUUCACUAAUAUCACCUACCGUAUGCGGGACCUCGUUAGGGAUGAGUAAUUAAUUAGCACAUAAACAAUGAGUCACUAUAAAUGAUGUUGCAUGCAUUGUUUUUGUUUUACUGAACAUUUGUUGUAUAAUUGAGGUAAAAACGCACACAAAAGGUUUAUUCAAAUGCAAAAAGUGACUUCUGUUGCACUGGGAAAAAAAAAAGGUUUUAAGCUAUUUCUAAGCUUAAAGUUUCAGCCAUCUUGACUUGUUUUUUUUUCUAUUUUCUCUUUUUGGUCUCUAAACAAUCUGGGCUACAGGUUUACUGAAUCAGAAGGGAGGGACAUAACAGCAGAACUCAACUCAGGCACGAUGCACAUACAGAAAGUGCCUGCAUCCGACCUCACGAGCCUCACCUCGCCUUGAAAAUCCCCUAUUUAUAACGCAUAUGAAUAUUAACAUGAAUGUUCCACUACCAAAACAAACAAGUGCUUGUAAAUAUGUGCUCCCUUUUUGUUUUGUUUGAACCUGGCCAAAAAAAAAAAAAAAAAAAUCAAAAAUGAAAAGGUUUCUGGGAACAAGAUACAACACAUCAGUUGAUCUGAACUGGUUUUUAUAUUUAUGAAAAUUCAACACGUUUUAGUUUUUUUUCCUGUAUUUUGAUAUUGCAGCAGGACCAGCUUUUUAUUUGUAAAAGUCGUUUAUGUGACGUUUGUGAGGAUAACGAUGGAGAGACGAGCAGAAUUCAGUUUGAGUUUGAUGUAAUAAAAAUGCAAAUAGAUUAAACUAUUAAAGGAACAUAUUUUCUAA